UGGGGAGGCGCCACAUCCGGCCGCUGACUCGUGUGUAUAAAGCCGCGGCCGCUGCACUUGGCUUCCAACAGUAGCUCUGGGCCCUUCUCGGCUGCAGGGGCAGCUGCUCCAAUGCCCCACAGCGGCCAUGAGCGUCCCGCAUUGGUGGGACCAGCUGCGGGCUGGCAGCUCGGAGGUGGACUGGUGCGAAGACAACUACACCAUCGUGCCUGCCAUCGCCGAGUUCUACAACACGAUCAGCAAUGUCUUAUUUUUCGUCUUACCGCCCAUCUGCAUGUGCUUGUUUCGUCAGUAUGCAACAUGCUUCAACAGUGGCAUCUACCUAAUAUGGACUCUCUUAGUGGUAGUGGGAAUUGGAUCCGUCUACUUCCAUGCAACCCUAAGUUUCUUGGGUCAGAUGCUUGAUGAACUUGCAAUCCUUUGGGUUCUGAUGUGUGCUCUGGCCAUGUGGUUCCCCAGAAGGUAUCUACCAAAGAUCUUUCGGAAUGACAGGGGCAGGUUCAAGGCGGUGGUCUGUGUCCUGUCUGCGGUCACAACGUGCCUGGCGUUUGUCAAGCCCGCCAUCAACAACAUCUCUCUGAUGACCCUGGGGGUUCCUUGCACUGUGCUGCUGGUUGCAGAGCUAAGGAGGUGCGACAACGUGCGUGUAUUUAAGCUGGGCCUCUUCUCCGGCCUCUGGUGGACCCUUGCGCUCUUCUGCUGGAUCAGUGACCGAGCCUUCUGUGAGCUGUUGUCCUCCUUCCACUUCCCCUACCUGCACUGCGUGUGGCACAUCCUCAUCUGCCUCGCUGCCUACCUGGGCUGUGUAUGCUUUGCCUACUUUGAUGCAGCCUCCGAGAUCCCUGAGCAGGGCCCCGUCAUCAAGUUCUGGCCCAGUGAGAAGUGGGCCUUCAUCGGCGUGCCUUACGUGUCCCUCCUGUGUGCCAGCAAGAAAUCACCAGUCAAGAUCACGUGAUGGCAUGGCUGUGGUGGCUUGGCUUCUCUGCUUAUUUUCCCUGAUGCACGGGCUCCCUUUGCCAGCAAAGACAGCCGGGGGCUUGCAGAGUCCGGGGGAGGGCCUGUCUUUUAAAAGUUCUGUUCCCGUGGGCUCAACUAACGUGUCUGUGGCCCGCCAGGACUCUACCACGCAGGGGGAGGAAGGUCUUCCCCUUUCCCAAAGAUGGAAAGUGGAGGGCUGAGGGGCACCAGGUGGAACUUCUCAGCCUCUUCCAGAUGCGGUAGUUUGUUGGGCUGUAUCCUUUCUGGCAAUGGCAGAGCAGUCCCUCGGGGAGCCCAUUUCCCAGUGGGAGAUGGGUCCAGACUCGACCAUUCCCAUGUGCUCUCCGUGUCAACUCUCCUGCUGACCGACAGGCCCUGCGACAGACUCAGACCUCUGUCUGAUGGAAGAUCCCAGGGAUUUUCAUUUGAGGAAACUGUCCUAAAACAAGACCAAGCCAAUGAAAUCCACACAGGGCUAAUGGCUAAGGAGGCAUCCAUGUAGAGCUCUCCAUAACCAGGUUUUACAUGCACUUGUGAAUCUUUUCUCUACUACCUCUGCUGAGAGAUGGGGAUUUGACUUCAGAGGAGGGUGAAGCAGACGAGAAAAACCCUCUCUGCCAAAAGCUACACUCUGCUUUAAGCCAUUCUUGAAGAUGAGCGCAAUUUUUAGAUGUGGACAUUGUUGGUCCCCUCCCCAAACCAACGGUCACACACACACACACACACACACAGGAUAGUUGUGGUGUGAGCAGUCUGCACACAGACCCCCCCGCUCCUUAGUGCCGAGCUCCGUAAGGUCAGGCCUCAUGACAAUCACGGUGGGAGUCCUGCCUGGUUCAACAUCUGGAACAGACAUGAAGUUCUGGAAACUUGUGCUGAUUGGAAGCCUUCUGGAUGCUCUUCCAUUUGGAAGUUAUCCCCCAAAAUGUCACGUCUUCUUUCUGCAAGAUUUCCUGCGGGAAUCAUACUCCAUAUUCUCCCAGUACAAGGUGCUUCCUGUGGUUUCUCCAAGGAUUUGAUAGCUGCUUUUCUCUAGAACUGUGGCUCUUUGGGUCGUUGGUGCAGCAGGCAAUGCUGUUGGCCUUCUCAGUUUUUCCUCACCUGAAGGGACACUAGCCAAAACUAAUCUCUUCAUUGGGCCGAAUGAAGACUCUAAAACGGUCAUCAAGGUGUGAGGGGGAAUGCAUGACCUCAGGGAUACUCACUUUAACUCACAUCUCCCGCUUUGCAACAUUCCAUCAUGAAAGAGGGCAGGACAGACAUGUCCUUGUGUGGAUGGGAGUCCUGUCGCUAAGGAUCUAAUAAGAAUUGGGCAGGACCAGCAUGUGGCAGGUCUAGGAACUUUGGCUCCAGUUAGAAUUUGCACAGGAUCGAAGGUGAAAAGUCCAAUAAGGAACUGAAUUGAGAGUUUAAAAAUGAAGGACUUUAUUCUGCUUCUGUGGUUUUCAAGUUAUUUUUAGCAGAACCCUAUCUGCAAUAAGAAAUCAUCAAGGAACCCAAAUGUGUGAUAGAUGGUGCAUUCUAGUAGUUUAAAUUUAAGGCUAAACUUCUACAUUUCCCUUAAUAUCAUGCAGCGAAAAAUGCAAGUUAAAUUGGUGGUUUCCAUGGUAAAAAAUUUGGGAUUGAAUGAGUGUACCCUGUUUAUUAUAGCUUAAAAAUAUACUUUAAAAAUGGUAUUUAAGUAUUUGUGGGGCUUCUAGUGCACUUCUGAGACCUAGGUGGUUCAUGAACUACCUAGAAUUUUGUUUUGUUUUUUAAAUUUUUAAUGUUCAUUUUUGAGAGAAAGAGACAGAGCACAAAUGGGGGAGGGGCAGAGAGAGAGGGAGACACAGAAUCUGAAGGAAAAUCUGAGCUGUCAGCACAGAGCCCAACGUGGGGCUUGAACCCACAAACUGUGAGAUCAUGACCUGAACUGGAGUCAGAUGCUUAACCAACUGAGCCAGCCACCCAGGCGCCCUGGAACCACCUAGAGUUUUAAAACUGCUGUUCAGUCUUUUGGGUUUAAAGUCUAGAAUUUUUUCAAAGGGAAUUAGACUGUCCUCACUUCAGAUGGACUUCCCAGGUUUGGAUUCUGGUGUCAUUCAUUCUGGAGUAUAAAAAUGCUCCAAAGUAGGGGGAAGCUUUGAUUUACUUUAAGUCCAGCUGUCUUAUUGUGGAAGCAUACAUGAGGAGAAGGGGCCGUGGGAAGUGUUUGUGCUCUAUGGGAGGUUUAAUUUCCAUCUCAAGGGCUCCUCAGUGAUGAGAGCAUUGUUCCAGCAGUUAAGGAGGGUGUGGGUCUCUCCAUCAGGUAAAGGGGUAGGUCCCUGGGGAACACCACCUUCUAACUCCCAACUCUUUGACCUUAACUCUUCUGGAAAUUUCUUAGUGUCCAUUGGAAAUAGAGAUAAGCUGGGACUGCUGGAAAUGAGGAAAUAAGUGCCCUGACAGGGCUGUUUCCAUCUACCUUCUACAAGAAAAAUGGCUUAGUUAAGAUGUCAGAAGGAAUGCUUUUGUUGUAAAAAAAAAAACAAAAACAAAAACAAAAACAAAAAAAAACCAAACCAGAAGGCCCUUCUAGAGAUUGUUGUUUUUUUUUUUUUUAACAUUUAUUUAUUUUUGAGACAGAGAGAGACAGAGCAUGAAUGGGGGAGGGUCAGAGAGAGGGAGAGAGGGCUUGAACUCACGGACCGUGAGAUCAUGACCUGAGCCGAAGUCGGCCGCUCAACCGACUGAGCCACCCAGGCGCCCCCUAGAGAUUGGUUUUGAUGAGCUAAGGGCUGAUAACAGGUAUGGAAUGGGGUAUAUUGUAGGAGGACAAAAACAUAACUUCUACUUUUGAACAAAAAUCGCUAUGGCUUGUUAGUGUGAAGAUGGUAAAUCAAGAAAGUAGGAGUUUAAAUAUUUUAUUUGAAGUUAGGUUUAUGGCAUCAUUCGUGUUUAUAUUUACGAUGCUUUUAUAGCACUCCAGGCUCUUGAAGAGAAUUAGAAAGCUGCAGGAACGUUGAAGAGAAAAAAGUAGUCUGCAUUUCUAUUGUCCAAGGGCAAUCAUUGUUAAUAUUUUGGCAUUUUGGUGUAUUUCCUCAUCUUUUUUUCUUCUC